CUUUGAUCUCUGUAGACAUCCGCUUUUAAGUUUUGUCACUCGUAUGCAAAACCCUCUCUCUCUCUUCACUAAAACCCAACACGAUGAAGAUGAUGAUCUCUUCUUCUUCUUCUUUCCUCGCAUCACGUCCUCUACUCCAAACCCUAACUCCUUUCCCCACCAACAAGCUCACACCUUUCGUCUACAACCACCCCCAUCUUCAAAUCAAAACAAACCCCUUUUCGAUCAAGGCCCAAACCCUAGAUUUCUCCGGAACAUUCUUCGAAGGAGGCCUCGGAAACGAAGAUGACUCCAUCAACUCAUCCAUGGCUGCCGUUGAAGAACAACAGGAGCCCCAGUGCCCACCGGGUCUAAGACAGUAUGAAACCAUGGCUGUUUUACGACCCGAUAUGUCUGAAGACGAACGACUCUCUUUAACCCACAAGUACGAAGAGUUGCUUGUUGCUGGAGGUGGGAUGUACGUUGAGGUGUUCAACAGGGGAGUUAUUCCACUUGCAUACAGCAUCAAGAAGAAAAACAAAGCUGGCGAAACCAACACAUACUUAGACGGUAUUUAUCUUUUGUUUACGUAUUUCACGAAACCCGAAUCGAUUGAGGUGCUUGAGGCAACGUUAAAGAUGGAUGAUGAUGUGAUUAGGUCUUCCACCUUCAAGGUUAGGAAAAGAAAGUAUUAGUUCAUGUAGAAUAACUUAAGAUCUAGGGAAUGUUAUCAUGUUUUAGUGAUCCUUGAAUGUGUUAGAGUAUGUAAUACCCCUUGUUUCCUUGAUGUUAUUCGGUUAUCAUAGAGUUAUACAUCGUUUCAGAAGUA